AUGUCAUCGAAGGCAGCUGAGCCGCGGCGGUCGCUGACGGCAGCGGAGCUGGCGGGAUACAGCGCGCUCCCCGUGCACUCGUUCCUCGGCCUGCGCUUCCUCUCUGCCUCCCCGCAUCGCGUCGUCGCCACUCUUAUCUCCUCGCCCCAAUCAGCUCAGCCGCUUGGCAACCUGCAUGGGGGGGUGUCAGUGCUGGUCACGGAGGCAGUGGGCAGUCUAGGCGCUGCCGUGGCAGCUGGUGCGCCGGUGGUGGGGGUGGAAGUGGCGUGCAGUCACCUUAGAGGCGCACCCAUUGGCACUCCUCUCGUUGCUGUUGGCACUCCCUUGAGAUUCGGCCGCACCGUUCAGGUGUGGGAGGUCCGCCUGUCAGCUUUAAGCAACCGUGCGCCAGCACAAGGAGAAUCGGCCCCUGUUAGCGUGUUGACGUUUGAGUCAAUUCAAAAGGGAACAGCACCACGGCCCAGUCACUCACAGUCACCAGAUAGCAAUGCAGGACCGAGCCUAGAGCCUCAGCAGCAGCCGUUGCCACCUGAUUGCACACCUGAGGGCACACCUGAGGGCACACCUGAGGGUUUUAAGGCUGGCCGGCUGCUGGCAGUGGGGCGUCUGACGUGUGUGCCCUUGCCCCAGAACAGUGGAGGAGGGGCGAAUGGGGAGAAUGGGAAUGUAGGGGAGGCGAAUGGGGAGAAUGGGAAUGGAGGCGGCGAGAAGGGAGGGAACGGGAGUAGAGGAGAAGCAUCGAGGAGAGGAGAAAGUGAAGCGUUGGGGAAUCGAGAGGAGGGAAGUGGAGAGGCGGAGCAGUGGAUUGGAGAGAGUAAGGAUGAGCAUGAGGGCAAACGUGCCUGUUCCUGCAUCGAUUUCCCUCCCUUCGACUCGCCUCCCUUCAACCAUCUGCCCAUUCACAAGUUCAUCGGCCUUCGCUUCCUUUCUGCCUGCCCUCACCGCGUCGUCGCAGCGUUUGUCUCGUCUCCAGCAACCGCGCAGGCGUUCAACAACGUGCACGGGGGAGUGUCAGCCAUAGUCACGGAGACCCUCGGCAGCACGGGCGCGAGCCUAGCAGCAGGGGGGCUGGUGGUGGGAGUGGAGGUGGCCGUCAGCCAUCUCAGGCCGUGCCCCCUCGGCACUCCUGUUAUCGCUGUCGCUGUGCCGCUGCGAGCGGGGCGCACGGUGCAGGUGUGGGAGGUGCGCUUAUCCGUCCAAAAGCCAGACAAACAGAGGCGAGACGAGCAGCAGGGUGUGGGAGACGCGUCUGGAGGGACGGCUUCAGCUCCUAGAGCUGGGCAGCUGCUGGCAGUGGGACGGCUGACAGCAGUGGUGGUGGGCAAGGGGGAUGGCGAGGAGAGGAGGAGCAAGGCAAGGCUGUGA